AUGUUGAUGAGGAAAUACGGCUUAGCUGCUGAUCAAGUUAUCGAUGCAAGAAUAAUCGAUGUUAACGGAAGGAUCCUUGAUAGAAAAUCAAUGGGCGAGGAUCUAUUCUGGGCAAUCAGAGGCGGCGGAGGUGCUAGCUUCGGAGUCAUAGUUGCUUGGAAGGUACAACUGGUAGAUGUUCCAGAAACUGUCACUGUUUUCAACGUUGCCAGAACACUAGAGCAAAAUGCGACUCAUCUCUUUCACCGCUGGCAAUACAUAGCUUCUGAACUCGACAAAGAUUUGAUCAUUGGAAUCACGGUAGCCAAGGCGAAUACAAUCACCGUUUCCUUCUUCUCACUCUUCCUCGGCGGAAUCGACAGACUCCUUCCACUGGUGCAAGAACAUUUCCAUGAACUCGGGCUGGUAAGAGAAGACUGCAUCGAAACGAGCUGGAUCCGAUCAAUCCUAUUCCAUUACGGUUUCCCCAUUGAUUCUCCAAAGGAGGUGUUGCUCAACAGAACUCAACGCAGCGUCACAAACUUCAAAGGAAAAUCGAAUUACGUGCAGAAACCCAUUCCCAAACACGGGCUGGAAGGCAUGUGGAGACUGUUUAACGAGGAGGAGGCCGCGGGCGAAGAUUUCUCAAUCUGCCAUUCCUUUUCCGCACAGAGCAGGGAACUUGUACAAAAUUCACCAUAUAGUAUUUUGGGGCGAAGAUGA